AAGUGGUUUCAUCUAUUUCAUUUCAGAGGCAGAACUCCGGACGGUGAUUCUCUUUGGGAAGUGUAGGAUUGAGACUUUGACACCUCUACGCCUGAAAUCACUGUCCCGACAUUCAUUCGCAUCCACGUUUUUCCUUGCGUUCUGGAACUGCCGGUGAUAAUCUGAUCUAUGCCGAGUCGCUGGAAAAGGGAAUGAGUACAUCUAUGACGAUUACUCUCCGUAUUGUUCCUUUUUAAGUUUUUAUUUCAACCUCAAACCCAGCUUCGCCUUUUCUUCAUAACCACCAUGGCCACCGCCUCGUCGUUGCGAAAUCAUCGAAUCGUUAUUGCCUCGCUUUUUCUCCCUCAAACUGUCAUCCUAGGCUCUCCAGACGAUUAUUCGCCUUCUCGCGAACCUCCCUCUAGCCCAAACGAUCAUGAAGAUAGUCUGAACAUUUCAGAGGUCUCAUCGAAACUUCAGGACAAGGCCUGGCCCAAACAAACCCCACUCUCACCAUCAUUAGGAACAACAGCUCCCAAGACCCCAUACCUCAGCGGUCUAAACAAACCAGCGCUAUUAAAGUCGAUCGUCGAUGACUUGAAGGAUCGGGCUACUGCUGCCUUACCUUCUCCGACAACAGAAAACUUGAACCCAUUCUUCGUAAUUUCACCUGCACCUCUUUCACGUAAUGUUAGCACCAUUGGGAAGCCAAGCGGUGGUGGGCAAUCGACCAAACCCUCCAGUGGGAAUACCGGUGGUGGGACGAUCGGCGCGUCUUCGACCCCUGGAUCCCAUAAUCGACCUACGAGUAGUAGUUCCGGGCCCCCAAGCGCGUCUGCGACUCAUAUCCAACGUUCUCUAUCGCGACGUAUGCGGAAGCAGGGAUCUAGGUCGUCUUCUAGAAGACCUGGUUUACCGAGUUCGAAGGGCGGAGAUCAGUCAUCGACAGGUUUACUAAUUGAGCAUGAAAAAUACGAAAAUACGUUCUAUUUCGAAGCCAGUUCACGCUGUAACGGUGGUCUCAAGAAUGCAUUGGACAGUGUCUCUCGUGAACCGCCGAGCCCACUUCCGUCACGUCCCGUUCGCACUGGACAUUCUCGGGCGAACUCCCUUCAAUCGUUGUCCAAAUUGAAGGAGAAAGUUUCGGUGGGAACUUUGGGAGUCGAGACUGAUGGAUUCACCGAAGGGCUGAAGAGAAACAUUGAUGAGAGGCUGAGGAAAGAACAUGGAUGUGAAGCGGUUUGGGUAGCAGAUGAUGAGUUUGAGGGGUGUUACGACGAAUUCUGCCAUCAGGUUCUAUGGCCAGCACUCCAUUACGUUGUUCCCGACGCGCCUAAAACGAAGAUGUUUUAUGAGAGCGCGUCAUACAAGCAAUAUGUCGCCGUUAACAAGGCAUUCGCAGAGAAGAUUGCGGAAGUGUGGCAAGAGGGCGAUGUCGUCUGGGUAAACGAUUAUCACCUCAUGCUUCUCCCACUCAUGCUUCGUUCAUCCGGUCUCAUCCCUUCAAAUGCUCCCAUCGGAUUCUUCCUUCACGCUGCGUUCCCCUCUUCGGAGAUAUUCCGCUGUCUCUCCGUCCGUGCGGCGCUUUUACGUGGAGUGUUAGGCGCAGACCUCGUUGGAUUCCAAACAGCCAACCAUGCUCGUCAUUUCCGACAAACGUGUUCUAGAAUUCUAAGUGUCGAAUCGUUACCUCGCGGGAUUCAGUUAGGAUCAUCAUCUUACAAUGCCAGUAGUUAUCCCUCCCCACCUCCUUUCACUCGAUCGGUUUCUAGUUCUUCGAAUUUGUCUGAUUCUGCCAAGGGUUCAUUGGAGAAAGAAGACCGGGCCUCGGAUUUAUUGAUUGAUCAUCUAUCGUCCGCUGCGUCGUUUGCGGCUUUAUCUGCUUCGAUGGGGGAACACGGGAAGGGGAGGUUUGUAGACGUUGGGGUGUUCCCGAUGGGGAUUGACGUCAAUCAGUUGAAUGAGAAGAGAAAGGAUCCUGAGGUGGCAGAGUGGGUUGAUAUUCUAAAGCAACGGUACAAUGGGAUGAGACUUGUCGUGGGCAGGGAUAAGAUGGAUGGAGUACAAGGUGUGAGGCAGAAGAUUCAGGCGUUUGAGAGAUUUUUGGAAUUCUAUGCGAGUAAGGAUGAGGCGUUGAAGGAGAAGGUUGUCCUGAUUCAAAUUGCGAUGCCUCCGAGUAGCGGUCAAGCAGAUGAAGAUAUACUGAGCUCGAUCUUGACCACUGUUUCGCAUAUCAAUUCCAGGUUUAGCACUCUUACUUACCAGCCUGUCGUAUUGCUCCAUAGUCAAGAAGUCAGCUUCAGUCAAUAUCUGGCGUUAUUACGAGCUGCCGAUGCAUUUUUGGUGACUUCUCUAAGAGAAGGGAUGGCGUUGAGGACGCACGAAUUCGUGGUCUGCCAGGAGGGUAAAGAAAAGGAGGGCAGCCUAAUUUUGAGCGAGUUCACUGGUUCCUACUCUUAUUCCGGCUUCCGUUCCUGCAUCGCCAUCAACCCUUGGGACAUUCGCGGAACUGCAGCUGCCAUCCACCAAGGCCUCACCAUGUCUCCCGAAGAAUCCCAUUCUCGUUGGGAAGAUUUGCAAGGUCACGUUAUGGGACAGAACGCUCAAGCAUUCGUCAUUGGUUUCCUUACUAGAUGCUUACGCGCCGCACAAGAAGGAGAUACUACAGAGGAUGAUGGGGUCGAAGAGAACCGAGUCUUGAAUGUCAAAGGACUUGUUGGGAUGUGGAAGCAUUGCAAGACGAGAUUGGUCGUUGUUGAUUGGGAGGAUGGGUUGAUUUCGUCGUAUGCGAGUUUUGAUUCGUCGUCGUCUGCUGGGGAGAGGGAGAAGGAAAAGGAAAAGGUGGAGAAUGCGGCGGUUGAAGUUCUUAGAACGCUUGUCAAGGACUCUCGAAACGAAGUGUGGUUGUUGAGUGGGUACCCUCGGAAAGAGCUCGAGAAAGUUAGUCAAGAAGUGGGUGGAAGAUUGGGAAUCGUAGCUGAGAAUGGGUGUUUCAUUAAAACGAGGAACACGAAAGGACAAGAAGGGGAGUGGAUCAGUAUGGUCGCGAGUCUGAAUUUGACUUGGAAGAACAUUUGUUCGGAGAUGUUGAAUUAUUUCACCGAAAGAACACCAGGAGCAUAUGUAGAAGAACGUGAAGCGUCCGUUGUUUGGCGGUUCUGGUCACCUCAGGAACUGGACGAUAGACGGCCUGAUUGUCUAUGGGCACGAAGACAAGCUGCAGAAGCACAGAAUCAUGUUUUUGAUAGUCUGGGAGAGCGCUUCGGUCUACGGAUUAUUCCUUCCUCCAACUCGUUCCUUGUUUUACCGAACAAUAUCUCGUGGUCAACCGCCGUUGGGUCUAUUCUUCUAGGACUAUACGGGGGUGGAAAUGAAUGGGAUAUUGUCGUCGCUCUGAGCGGUGAUGAGAGGUUGUUGAGGAGACUCGGAGAGUUGGACAAUAGCGAAACGGUUUCGACGAGUGGGAAGGGAAGUACGGACGCGAAGUGGAGGUUGGUCCGCGACAUUCGUCAAGGGGAAGAGAGCGAUGUAGUAAAGGUGCUGAGGGAAUUUGCGGAAUGUUGA